GCCUGGGAAGGCAGCUUCCUUUCCGUCCUCCAGCCCCUGGCAUGCGUGUGCCUCGCACAGCCAAGGACUUGCAGCUGUCUCAGUUGCAGACUCUGUGACUUGCGUUCUCAGCCGAGGAUGCAGGCUGAUAAAUGCAGGACAAGUUGCCGAAGUGUCAGAAAGGAGCUGGUGAUCGAGUCCCCGCUGCGGUGCAAGGAUGCAGCCCAGGGCGAGGGGGACGCAGAGAGCCCGGGGCCAGUGCUGGCCAAGCCAAAGCUGAUUGAGCCGCUGGACUACGAAAAUGUCAUCGUCCAGAAGAAGACACAGAUCCUGAAUGACUGUCUACGGGAGAUGCUGCUCUUCCCGUAUGAUGACUUUCAG